AUGCAAAUUCGGGUUAUUAAAGCAGGGAUUAUAAUAAUUACUGUAAUAGUAAGCGUACUCACACAAGGCACUCAAUCAGAUGGUAAGGUACCCAUACAAGACAGUAUACAAGACAGUAUACAAGACAGUCAAUCAGAGGGUAAUAUUGCUGUGAUGACCAUUAAGUACACAGACACACAAGGAGUGAGUGAGCAUACGACACUAAAAAUAGAACUGUUUAAGGACCAGUUCCCAGAGACAGUAAAGAACUUUAAAGGGUUCUGUGGUACUGUAAGUAUCCCACAGGGUAAUGGUAAUUUAAAGGCGUAUGGGUAUAAGGGCACUGUAUUCCACAGGAUAAUUAAUGGGUUUGUAAUUCAAGGUGGUGAUGUCCAGCACAUGAACGGCCUGGGUGGGAUAAGUUCAUUAGAGAAGUAUAAUUGGGGUAAGUUCCCUGAUGAGUCUGACCAGAUGAUGGGAGUGCCUGGGUAUCCCAGGAGGGUUCAUGAUAAGGUUGGUAUGCUGGCUAUGGCUAAUAGUGGUCCUAAUACGAAUGGGUGCCAGUUUUAUAUUACACUAUCAGGGAGUUCUUGUACGCACUUAGAUGGCAAGCAUACUGUAUUUGGUGAGGUAAUUGAGGGGUUAGAUGGGCUAAUGCGUCUGGUACGGACUUGUAAGAGGGGAUCGGGGGUAUCUGAGGAUGACUUACCGCGGAUAGUAAAAAUUCAUUUAGAAUCGGAUUUAUCACAGGAAAUUUCUGAUUUUGAAAAAAAGGAGUUAUAA